GAUGGAGAGUUGACUCAAGUUUUUGUAAACAAAACCACAUGAGAGCAGAAAUUUAAAAUAUUUAAUUAAAUUACGAAAUACAAAGAAAUAAUCUUAUUAUUCACACAAUGCCGAUUCUUUGUAAAGCUGAGUGUGGGAAUAAAGCUACUUUGAAGCGCCCAAAAACUGCAGAUGCACUUUGUAAAAAUUGUUUUUUCAACGCAUUUGAGUUGGAAAUACAUGAAACUAUCACAAGAUCACAUUUAUUUAAACCAGGACAACGUGUGGCGAUUGCUGCCAGUGGUGGCAAAGAUUCAACUGUUCUUGCUCACGUCAUGAAAUUAUUAAAUGAAAAAUUCAAUUACGGAUUGAAACUUGUGUUGCUUUCAAUUGACGAAGGAAUCACAGGAUACAGAGACGAUAGUUUAGAGACAGUUAAGCAAAAUAGAGAUGAUUAUGAAAUGGAACUUAAAAUUCUUUCAUACGAAGAACUUUAUGGAUGGACAAUGGAUCGAAUUGUUGAGAAAAUUGGCAGAACAAAUAAUUGCACAUUUUGUGGAGUGUUUCGAAGACAAGCACUCGAUCGAGGAGCUCAAUUACUUAAAGUUGAUUGUGUGGCAACAGGACAUAAUGCUGAUGAUAUUGCUGAAACAGUUUUGAUGAAUAUUCUUCGUGGUGACACCGCUCGCUUACGUCGAUGCACUGACAUCAAGACUGGAGGUGCUGAGAAUUCAAUUCCAAGGGUAAAACCAUUGAAAUAUACUUAUGAGAAGGAAAUUGUUAUGUAUGCACAUUUCAAGAAGUUAGUUUACUUUUCAACUGAAUGCAUAUUUGCACCAAAUGCCUAUCGCGGUCAUGCACGAGCAUUUUUAAAAGAUUUAGAAAAGAUUCGACCUUCUGUCAUUAUGGAUAUCAUUCAUUCAGGAGAACAACUUCAAAUUCGAGAAUCUGUAAAGAAACCAAUUAGAGGAAUAUGUUCGAAUUGUGGUUUUGUAUCUUCGUGUCAACCAUGUAAAGCUUGCGUGUUGCUUGAAGGUCUGAACAGAAGUUUACCAAAACUAGGAAUAGGAAAACGCUCAAAAAGCGAAAAGAUGAAAGCUCAGCAAGAUUUAGAGCGACAAGUUAUUCUUAGAGAGAAAGCUAAUCUAGUAAAAAAUGAUUUCUAGAUAGAAAAAUUAUUUAAGAAUGAAUAAAAAGAAAACUAAGAAACAAAAUUUUGUAACGGAAAAAUAUUUCAAAUUGGGCAAUAAAACUUUUCAUCAAUUUAGCAAAAAGCAAAA